AUGGUCUUCAGUUGGUUUAAUGGAAUUCCGGUAGCAGUAUUCACUUUGUUUCUAGUAGACUUUGGAGUAGAAGGAUCCAUAAUUUCCCGCAGUGAAGCCACGACUCCCUCUCCUUCACUUGACUCAUCCCAACAGCAAUCCACAUUAAUUCCAAACUUUCCUUGGCUUGAAAAUGUGGCGAAAAUCGAGUUCACCACUUCAAAACCUAAGAAACCGAACGCGCUUCGAGAGGGGUUAGUGGAACAAGUGAGGAGUGGAAAGAUACCGAAAGAGCUGUUUCCAUUUGUGAAUUUGACGAAGAUUGAUGAGAUGAAGAAGGAUCACAAUGAGACCCUAGACUUCAUUAUCCGUGAUGAAGACGUGGCAGACAUCCCUGAUGACGAUGACGUGGAGCACCGAAAAGUGAAUACUUUGACUCAUGACGGUAACAAGACUAUCAUUACGAUAUCUGAUGAAGCUAGAGAUGAUCUUUAUAAACAUUGGAUGGAUCAAAGUUUAGCUGGAUUGAUGGGCGCAGUUGUUACUAAUGUAAUCAAUAAGAGGAAGAUGACGAAAUCUGAGAAAAAGGAGCAUUAUGUGUGUAUAAAUGAGUCAAAAAAUGUGACUGCUCACGCGAAAUGUGUGGUUAGGGUAUAUGAGCAACUGCAUAAAAGGAAUGAGAAGCUCAAGAUGUACAGUACACUGACAACUAGAGUGAAUUCUCAUCGGAAAAAGAAUCGAGCUGACAACGAUGCAUUCAAGACAACUCUAGGUCAUUAUGAGAAGUACGUGAAGUCUGGAGCAGAAGAGUUUCGAGUCAAAAGAGCCUCUGGAUUCUCGAUUUUUGAUGAAAUGGAGAACAAGAGACAGGCGGCGAUUCGGGGAAAUAUCCAGACGAAGAAGUCUUAUACGAUCAGAGAGAAUAAGAGUUUGUCACCACUUGCAAUGAUAGCAAGGAAGUUGACAGAGUUUGUGAGAGCCGGGAAGAAUAAACAGGAGCCGCCGAAGAGAUGGCAACAAGUGAUUCAAGAGAUUAAAGAUGAAAGUACUCGAAUAAAGGGGAAGAAGAAGAAUAAGGAUCGGAUGAAACGAAAGUUUUCGAAAUUUGUGUCAACGAUGAAAGAGGCUGGGAUCAACCCGAGGAAGGCAUUGAACACUAUGGGAAUGGAAGACUUAUUCGAGGACGAUCCUAUUCUGUCCGAGAAAGAAAUGGAUUUGAAAGAUAGGAAAGAAAUGAUGGAUCGCAUGAGUCCUGACGAUAAAAUAAUGCAUGAACCGAUCAAAUUGAUUCGAGAAGCCAUCAAGAUUGGUAUGUCAUUGGCUGGAAAGAAUGCUUCUGAAAUUGGAGACAAGAAAGUUGCACUUCUAUCACCCCAAUUCAUGAGUAUUCUCCCGGAUGAAGUGGCGAAUGAUACGGUUUCGCUAUUCUCCCCUUCGAUUCUUGCUCUUCACGGCGAGGGAACUCAAUUGGAGCGUCAACUAUCUCUCACAAAAGCGUUGAAACUGAUGGAGGAUACCGGACAGGAAGAAUGGAUGAAUUUCGUUCUGGAAGCUUCUGGAGUAACUGAAACUGUUGAUAAGAUGAGACAAGUUGAACACAAGGAGGAACAAGAGGAGAUGAGAAGAGACUAUAUUGAUAAGGAUGGGAAACCGUUGUACUUCACAAAAGAGAAUGUCACCGAGAUUUAUGGAGAAUAUGAGGCGACAAAAUUGGAUAUUAUUCAAGGAAUCUAUAAGACGAUGUCACCGGAACAGAUGGACGCUAUGAACACCACCGGCUACUCCAUAAUGGACGACAAGCAGCUUGAAAUGCUCUACGGGUCAGGAUCCCCUUAUAAUGAUACCGAGGUUCUUGAUAAAUUCCGUGGAAUUCCCAAAGAGAGUAUGCCUUCGAGAAUUGAGAAAAAUAUUCGAAUGAUUGCUAGAGAGGAGAUGAAAUUCGAACUUUCUAGAAAGAAAGACAUCGUGCUCAGCCCUCUGGUCCUGACCUCCUUGGUAAACGACCCCGUGACGGCGUCUCAAUCAAUCAUUCUCUCUCCUGUACUGCUAGCUCCACUGAUCUUCUCUCCAUCCAUCUAUGGAAAUGUCAUUCUGUCCCCAUGGGUGUUCGUCCCCGUUCUAGUCAGUCCUCGUAUUCUCGGGGCCGUCGUUCUCUCGCCAGUCGUCUUCUCUCCAGCAAUCCUCACCCCUCUUUGCAUGGUCCCUAUCAUCCUUUCCCCAGGUGUCGGUCUCCCAUUCAUUCUCUCUCCCUUCAUUUUAUCCCCAUUCAUUCUGUCGCCUGUCGUCAUGGCUCCUCUCGUCUUGUCUCCAUUUGCUCUGUCUCCAUUCAUUGGCAUCCCCAACGCGUUGACUCCGUUGAUCUUAUCUCCCUUUGUGCUCUCACCUCUCGUAUUGUCACCUCCGUUUGUAUCCGCUUUCGUGUUGAAUCCAUAUGCAUUGUCACCUGCUGUCAUGUCGAAUGGUGCAGUUUUUACAGCGGUAUUGUCGCCAAGUUGGUUGAGUACACUUUAA